AUGGCGCGGUCAUACUUGGGCCUCACAGGAGGCAAGCUGCAAAUCGCUAUCAGUGUCAUCGCUGGUAUGGAUUUCUUGCUGUUCGGUUACGAUCAAGGUGUCACUGGCGGUCUCUUGACCCUCGAUUCGUUCAUAAAAUAUUUCCCAACUAUCGCGACCAACGGUGAAUACUAUGAGAGCUUGACUCGCGCGCAACAAAGUACCCAGUCGACUCGCCAAGGUGUCGUCGUCGCUGCGUACAAUUUGGGUUGCUUUGCUGGAUCGAUUCCCACAAUCUGGAUUGGUAAUAUGCUCGGUCGACGCAAGACGAUCUUCGUGGGUUCGUUUAUUAUGUGUAUCGGAGCUUUGCUGCAAUGUACCUCCUACCAACUCGGGCAAUUCAUCGUUGGACGCUUGGUUACUGGUUUCGGAAACGGAAUGAACACCUCUACCGUGCCUACCUGGCAGUCAGAGUGCUGUAAAUCCAACCAUCGUGGAAUGCUUGUCAUGAUAGAAGGUGCCAUGAUUACUUGCGGUAUCACCAUCAGUUACUGGAUUGAUUUCGGUCUGCUAUUCGCCGAUCCAAAUGAGGUGGCAUGGCGAUUCCCGCUGGCCUUCCAGAUUUUCUUUGCCCUCAUUAUCCUGGUUUUCGUUUUGCCCCUUCCUGAGUCGCCCCGUUGGCUAAUCCUUAAGGGCCGCGAGGACGAAGCAAGGACUGUCCUGCGGUCACUCUUGGGUGACGCUGACGAGACCUUCAUUGAGACGGAAUUCACGGCUAUCAAGGCUACAGUCUUGGAGAUGGCCAAGGGUUCGUUCCGUGACAUGUUCACUAUGACCGAGGACCGCCACUUCCACCGUGUGGUCUUAGCCUACGUCAACCAAAUGUUCCAACAGAUUUCGGGUAUCAACCUGAUUACAUACUACAUCCCCGUUGUGCUGGAGAACCAGUUGGGUAUGACCCUCGAAAAUUCCCGCUUGAUCUCAGCCUGCAACGGAACGGAAUACUUCCUCGCUUCAUGGAUUGCCGUGUUCACCAUUGAGCAUUUUGGACGCCGGACACUGAUGCUUUUUGGCGCCGCGGGAAUGUCGAUAUCUAUGAUCAUUCUUGCCGUCACUGCUAGCAUCGGUAGCAACGGAGCCAAUAUCGCUUGCAUCGUCUUCUUAUUCGUAUUCAAUACUUUCUUCGCCAUUGGCUGGCUGGGUAUGACCUGGCUGUAUCCCGCUGAAGUCGUGCCGCUGCGGAUUCGUGCUCCGGCCAACGCGCUGGCGACGUCAUCGAACUGGAUCUUCAACUUCCUGGUGGUCAUGAUCACGCCUGUGGCUUUUGACAACAUCGGUUACCAGACCUACAUUAUCUUUGCGGUUAUUAACGCCUUUAUCUUCCCAGUGGUGCUCUUCUUCUACCCGGAGACGGCCCGUCGAUCCCUGGAGGAAAUGGACCGCAUUUUCCGCAAAACGACCAGUGUCUUCAACGUUGUCAAGAUUGCCAACGAGGAGCCUCACAUGUACGGCAAGCAUGGUGAGCUCCUACGUACGCUCGAUGACGUGGAAGACGAUGCUGUCCGUCGCGCCAGCGUGCUGAGCCACCGGGCAAAGGAUAUGGAGAAGGACAGUGACGAAAACACCAACAGCGUGAAGGCAUAA